AUGACCGCUACGCUUCCUACCUAUCGCAAAAGCCUCGCCAUCCGCACGAUAAAGACUCUCUCCAAGCAAAUGACAGCAGCCAGUCCCGAAUUUGAGCACUUCUUUCGUUAUACAAGUGGGCGAUGGCUCUGGGAUGAAGAACAGCAGCUUCGGGACCGCUAUAAGGCCUUCAAUGUUGCUGAGCUUCAAGGCUUAGCAGCCCGAGCCAUUGGCUCAGGCAGCUGCGUCUCGAUGACUAAGUUGGCAGAGGGAGGAUAUAACAAGGUCUUCCGUUUGGUUAUGGAUGACGGAAAAUCAGUCCUUGCCCGUAUUCCAAACCCAAAUGCCGGUCCCUCAUUUCAUACGACUGCGUCCGAAGUUGCUACCAUGGAGUUCGCUCGAGAUUUCCUCCAAAUUCCCGUGCCCCAGGUAUUGGGUUGGAGUGCCACAUCUAAUAACCCAGCUGGCUCGGAAUAUAUCUUUAUGGAAGAGGCAACUGGCACGCAGCUUGGAGUGAUUUGGGAUGAGCUGAAAGUGGUGUCUAUUGAGUCAAAGAUGCUGUCCGUGUCAUUUUCACACUAUGGCAGCAUAUAUUUUGCGAGUGAUGCAGUUGAGGGAGCAGUCCCCGCCAAGCUCACCAGUGAGGCUCCAUCAGAACUCAAAGAGCAUAUAUACAAGACAUUCAGUAUUGGACCUACUGUCGACAGGGAUUUCUGGCGCAGGGAGCGUUCUUCAAUGGACAUCUCACGGGGUCCCUGGUCAACUCCCACGGAUUAUGCGUUAUGUGUUGGCCAGCGCGAAAUGGCGUUGAUCAAAAAUUACGCCGUUCCAAAACCACCUAGUGACGCCUCGUUGGUCUCAACGGCCCAAAAAAGUCCUGAAGCGCAUCUGCAGCUGCUAGAAAAGUAUCUCAAAGUGGCCCCCUCCCUUAUGGACAUUGAUCCCAUCCUCACUCGCCCUACAUUGUGGCAUAGAGACCUUCAUUCCUCUAAUCUCUUUGUGGAUGAUGGCCAUAUAACGGCUGUCAUUGAUUGGCAAGGGUCGUUGGCGGGCCCACUCUUCCUUCAAGCUCAGCCAUCCCCGCUUGUGGACUACCAAGGCAGCAUUCUACUUCAACGCCCUGAAAAUUUUGACGAUCUCGACCCUGAGCAUCAAGCUCAGAUCAAACAAAAAAUAUUCAAAUCGACGCUAUUCCAGCUUUAUCUGUUGGAAACCAAGAAACGGUCCCCUCUGCUUUCCAGAGCAUUCCAUCUAGACCAUGGGAAGACAAGGCGCCUUCCAAUCGAACUAGCCGGAAAUACGUGGGAUGAUGAAAUUGUCUCCUUUCGUGAGGCACUCAUUAACGUUGAAAGGUAUUGGCAUGAACUUGGCAUCCAAGGCGAUUGCCCGUAUCACUUCACGCAGGCUGAAUUACAUAACCACUCAUUUGACGCUAAUGGAUGGAAUGAGGUCCAGGACUUUUUUGACAGUAUAGAAGGUCUUGUGAAAAGGGAUGGCUGGACAAGUCUUGAAACGUUCGACGCUGCUUUCGGAUUCUUCUCGGAACUCAGAAAACGGGGUCUUGGGCAUUUGAAAGGCGAUGAAAGGGACAUUUUCAAAAGACAGACCCGUUGGGCCAAGAACACAAGCUCACCACCGAGCGUCUAG